CCAAAUCCGAUAAAUGGUGCGAUACUUAAUAUAAAAGGAACUUGUGAUAUCAGGAAUGACAUAGAUUGUUCGAAGAAAUUGUAACGUUACAAUGGCGAAACUUAUUAUUUUCCUUUGCCUCCUCGUAACCAUUGCUUGUGUACUCCCGGCACAGGCUGGUUUAUUUGAUAAUAGAAUCAAUCAAGCUCAAGAAAACCUUGUUAAAAUAAUCAAUGGCGCCAUAGAACUUUUCCAGAAAGAAGAAAACGCGAUCGUUCAAAAGGCGCUUGAUUACAUGAAUGAAUUGAAGGAACAAGGGGAGGACCUCAUGAUAAUAAUUCAAAAAGAUGUCGACGAUGCACUGUCAAAAGUAGAAGAAAGGAUCAACGAAUUAACCAAAGGGAUCUCGAAUGAAGUCGACGUCAGCGAGUGCAAGAAUAUGGCAGAACAGAUUAAGGACACUGGCUUGACGAUUGUAACCGAUGUAACCUAUUGCGUAAACAAUAAGAUCUAUCAGGCCAGCGAAUACAUCGAGAAUAUCAAUGAGAUGUCGAAUAAUUUUACCAACUCGCUUCUUGAAAUGAACGAGAAAGGCACUGAAUGCAUGAAGGACAUGAAAUUUCCUAUAAAGACUCUCAAUUGUUUGGCCUCGGUCAUGACGCGUACCACUAUAACUACAUCUAUGAAUAUGCCCGUUGUGUUAGCCGACCUGAUGAAAAUAACAUCCUCCAUUAGCAUGCUUCCUGCAUCUCUUGGUCUUUGUUCCACCACUAAUACCGUCCGUGUCUCUUUAAACGAAGUCGAUGCUGUAUUGUCUUCGAUAGAAGCUUGCGUCAACGAGAAAAUUAGCGCAUUUUCUUUAGCAUUCGUGCCCACCGGAUCCAGCGUUUAGGUUUAAACCCUUAAAAACACCUUGGCUACCACUCUUAUUUUUUUUUUCUCUUUUGCAUUUGUCACGAUGAUCAAUGAUUUUUAAUUUUUGUCAUUUUAUGCAAUACAAACGCCCUCGAAGGAAGGCGAUUUCUAUUAUUAAAUCAUUCGACAUAUCGA